GCUGGAAGGAAAGACAUUUGAGGACAGACUAGAGAAAAAGGUAAAAACUAAAAACUUGACCCUCCAGAGGCAGGGAAAUUUCAUGAUAUAAAAUGCUGGAUUGGAUAUUAAGAGAAUUGUUGGAUGCAGGAUACAAAAACGGAGGACAGGAAGAGGGAAGCUAAAGAGAAGUACUUCACAUACAUGUUGUAAUCCAAGGAGAUCCUUGCUGACCCAGAGUUCCUCUCCUGGUUGAAGGUGUCGAAGAUGGCGGCUUUGGUUACGGGUCUGGCCCGACUCUUUCAGCCAACUAUGAUGCUCCCUGGAGGAAAACCUGGUGGUCUUGGCAUGGCACCAUGGUAUCUCCUCUUGGGCCUACGCCUGGUGGCCCUCCUCUUUGCCAAUGACCCCUGGUCCUCUGCAAAGGCAGACCUGGCCUGUAACUGGACGAAGACAACCGUGGAGGAACAUCUUCAGCCUUUCUGCAAAGCUCUCUGCUUCAACCAGCACUUCUCUUCUGCUGUUUCUUCAGUGUGGGGGCUUGGUUUUUUACUUGGCCUAUUCCCAGUGGGGCUUAUGGGGCUCGUAAGGGUUGCAUCCAAGCACCAGAAAAAAGCAGCAAGCGCAGCAGAAGAAGAGCAAACAAAUCCUUGUGGUGUCAGUCAUGGCCUGGAGGCUGGCUUCGGCAUGGCUGCAAGACCACACCCAUCUCCCAGAGAAGCCACCUUAGAAAGAAAGGCAGCUCCAUCAGAUGCCAAGACAUCUUCUACGUGGCGCUUAGUGGCCUUUGCUUUUUCAGUGAUUCUUCUCCUGGUAAUGGAGUCGGGCUUCCUCUGGAUUGUAAUUGCUCUGCAGAUUCCAUUGGUUUCUGAAACGACCUUUCGGUGCCAGCUAGGAGGACGAGCCUGCCCCCCAACCCUCGAGUGUGUCAUGCUGGGCCAAGUGGACAAGCAGGUGGCCUUGUGGGGAUUGAUCUUCACGGCCAUUGUCAAUGUGAUGGUUUGCCUGUCCUACCUUCUCUUAAGACUUAAGAAGGUUUCCCAGUGCCACCAGUGACAUGCAUAAACGGUGACAAGAAAUCCUUCAGCUAGCUGCCCCAAAGAACUUGCCUUUUCAAAUUCUGCAUUUUCAAGUACAGUAUUCCUUAUUCUUUCCUUGCCACUUUCCAUCUUCCUUCAUGAGGUCAUUUUUAAAAAAAAUUAAUUGAGAUUUAAAAUAUAUAAAUGGCUACAUUUUUACUGGAAGUGUUAAAUUUCAUAAUAGGUGUCAGUCAUGGAACAUGUUCUGGACAAAUCCAAG